GGCGCGCGCGUGCGCCGCCGUUCCGCGGAGGGACGAGGCACAGCCGCGGAACCGCCGCCAGAUUCGCUCUCUGUCCACGCCGCCUGUCGCGCCGGCCGUCGCGCCGCCCGCCCGCCCCGCGUCCGCCGCCGCCGCCGCCGCCGCCGCCAUGGGAGUGCAGGUGGAGACCAUCUCCCCCGGAGACGGGCGCACCUUCCCGAAGCGCGGCCAGACCUGCGUGGUGCACUACACGGGGAUGCUUGAAGAUGGAAAGAAAUUCGAUUCCUCCCGGGACAGAAACAAGCCCUUUAAGUUUGUGCUGGGUAAGCAGGAGGUGAUCCGAGGCUGGGAAGAAGGGGUUGCCCAGAUGAGUGUGGGUCAGAGAGCCAAGCUGACUAUCUCCCCAGACUAUGCCUAUGGCGCCACUGGGCACCCAGGCAUCAUCCCACCAAAUGCCACUCUCGUCUUUGAUGUGGAGCUUCUAAAACUGGAAUGACAGGAAUGGCCUCCUCCCUGAUCUCCCCAUUCUUGGAUGUGCCAUGGAAGGAUCUGGCGCCUCCAGAUGCGCACAGCGAGUCCGUACGGAGCUUUUCCUGAUGUUCCACUACACUCUUUGUAUAAACAUCUUCCCUGACUGAAUGUGUUCUGUCACCGGCUUUGCUCUUCCCCUUUCUCCUCGUAUGUGUGUUGACCUGAACUAUAUGCCAUAAACCUCAAGUUACCCAUUUUAGUUUGUUUUCGUUUUGGGGUGAAGAUUGAGUUUCAGUCCUUUGGAUCUAGGUUUCCAGUUAAGUACUAGUCAAGUAUUAACAGCACAAAUAAUGGGUUAACUUUAGAAUAGGAAUUGGUGUUGGGGGGAGUGCAAGAAUCUUUAUUUUAUUUUAUUUUUUUUUGGAUGAAAGUUUUAUCUAUUAUAUAUUAAACAUUCUUGCUGCUGCGCUGCAAAGCCAUAGCAGAUUUGAGGCGCUUUUGAGGGCCGAAUUAUUCUCCAAGUUGAGAGAUGUCCUCGGGUUGAAUUAAAAGCCCUACCCAAAACUAAAGUGGGAAGGGGAGAGCCUUUGCCUCCACUGCCCCACCCCCACCCUCCCCUUAACCCUCUGCCUUUUGAAAGCAGAUCAUUUUCACUGAGAUGUUGGACACUACAGGUGUGUGUCACCGGGCCAGCAGGGACCUCUGAAGCCUUCUUCAUGGCCUGGCUUUUUUUUUUUUUUUUUUUCCCAUCCUGUGGUUUUUCUAAUGGAUAUUUAGGACUUUUGUAAUCUCAUAGCUAUCCAGGCCCCACUUCCUAAAUUUUAAGAACUUUAAUCGAAAGUUAAAUUGAAGGUGCUGUUUGUAGACACUUAACACCCAUGAAAGCCCAGCCAUCAUGACAAAUCCCUGAGUGUUGUCUUAAGAAAAUGAUGCUGGUCAUCACAGCUUCAGCAUCUCCUGUUUUUUGAUGCUCAGCUCCCCCUGCUGAUCUCAGAGUUUCCUGGCUUCUCCUUCCUCCCUCUCACCCUCUGCUGUCCUGUGUAGUGAUUUGGUGAGAGAAAUUGCUGCCUUCUCGCCCACCCCCACCCCACCCCCUGCACUACAUAUGAGUUUCAAGUUUUAUUAUUGCAAUAAAAGUGCUUUAUGCUGGC